GGCAAUGGUGCCAAAUUGGGGCGUGUUCCACGGCAGCGGCCGUUUCGCAGAUGGGGGGUAAGUAGGCGCGGAGCCGGCAGCGUCAGAUGGGCGCCCCGCCUUUUGCCAUUUCCAGUGAAGGCAUCGCGCGACGUCUCGCGUUCUUCAUUCUCUAUACUCCAUGUUGCAUAACAUCGCACGCAGAGCUAGGCACAAAGUUCUGAGAAGGCAAUUUGCGACAGCAGCAGAGCAGACCGAGCGUGAUGUAGUGAUUGUCGGCGGUGGACCUGCAGGACUGGCUCUCGCGAGUGCCCUCGCGCGGUCGAAGUCAGUGCAUAAUAAUCUGUCAAUUGCGCUUGUAGAGGCUGGAGAUCUCCAGAAAGUGCGCGACUGGCAGCAAGAGCCCGGGACCUUCUCCAACCGGGUGAGUUCAAUUACCAACAGCUCGAAAGCGUUCCUUGAGGACAUCGACGCAUGGAGUCACAUAGAACAGUCCAGAACACGUCCCGUCGAAGAAAUGCAGGUUUGGGACGGAAUCUCGGAUGCACGCAUCACAUUCGCUGCCUCCGAGCUGUCAACAAGUACUGUCAACGAGCUAUCUCGAUUGACUGAAAAUUUGAAUCUGCAGCGUGGGCUGCUGCGACACCUCUCCCAGUACCCCGAAGUGCAGCUUUUCGAUAAGGUCAAAGUGCAAUCUAUCGUCUGCGAGGCUCGCGAAGAGAACGCUUGGCCAGUCGUCCAUCUUUCAGAUGGCCGGGCUAUUCGUGCCCGUUUGCUCGUCGGUGCAGACGGCUUCAACUCGCCAGUGCGAACAUAUGCUGGCAUACAAUCUUAUGGCUGGGCAUAUGAUACCCAAGGCAUUGUCGCGACACUCUUCCAUGCACCGAAAUCGUCCUAUCAAGGACCAAACACAAUUGCAUAUCAGCGGUUCCUGCCCACAGGUCCUAUUGCUUUCCUGCCGCUAUCCGAGACGGCGUCCACACUAGUCUGGUCCACAAAGCCACACCUGGCUAAUGCCCUGAAAGCAGCAGAUCCGCGUAUCCUCGCAAGCAUGAUCAACGCUGCAUUCCGGCUACCGAAUAUCUCGUUGCGAUAUUUGCAGGACCGUAUCCUCGAGGAUCAGGCUAUGUCCGUUGAACAAUUCACGAAUGAGCUCGCGUUCCGUGAACGUUCAGACACGAUCGACGUCCGCUCGGCAUACUCGUCGCUCGCCCCUAUCCGCGAUAAUGUCGGAGGCAUCCCACCAGAAGACGCAGAUUCUGUUCCUCCUCUUGUAACAAGUAUCCAGCCUGGCACCGUCGCAUCCUUCCCUCUGCGGUUCUCGCAUGCUGAAACGUAUACUGGCGAAGGCUCUGGUGCACGCACGGUACUUGUUGGCGAUGCGGCACAUACGAUACACCCGCUCGCAGGACAAGGUCUAAAUCUCGGCUUGGCGGACGCGGAGGCCUUGACGAAGUGCAUUGAAAAUGCGCUGCUGUCUGGCGGGGACGUCGGCUCGUACACGUCUCUGUUACCCUAUGCCCGCUCGAGGUACUUUGAGAAUCACAAGAUGCUGUCCGCUUGCGAUAAGCUACACAAGUUGUAUUCGGCAACCGCGGGUCCUGUCGUCUGGGCGCGGAGUGUAGGGAUUGAAGUUCUGAAUGAGCUUGACGCAAUUAAGGCGGCGCUCAUGAUGACGGCUGGAAGUGAGCGUGCUGGGCUGCCAGGACAGGUCGGAUGGGAACUCACGGCGAAAAGUGUUGAGACGUUUGCGAAGAAUGUAAAUGGGGCGCGGGAGCUGGCAGACACCGUGAAGGAUCUUCUGGGCGUAGGUGUUCGUCAGCUGCUGCAGAGACGAUAGGGUUUGGCUUCGUCGGUGUAUUCUUUGUCUUUAGGGCGUAAUUAAUGCUUUUACCUUGAGCCUA